AUCAAAGCGCCUGCGCGGAGAGGCCUAAAGCAGGCAGGAGGGUGUGGAGGAGGAGGAGGAUCAGCGGUCUCGCUUUCGUCGCCUUCUCGCUCCCCCUCCCUCCUCCGCGGCGCUGGGGAAGGAGAAAGUAGGACGGGGGACCCCGCUGGGCUGGGCGCUUUCGGGGACUGCGCUCGGGAGGGCUGAGCCGCGGCCAGGAGGGAGGGAUCUUAGAAGGAGCUGUUGCUUUCCACAACGCCUCCUCCUCGGUGAAGCGCCUUCUGUGUUUCCGCCCGGGACGAGUCCAUUGGUUACAAAAUGGCGGACGGGGAGCUGAAUGUGGACAGUCUUAUCACCAGGCUGCUGGAAGUGCGAGGAUGUCGCCCUGGAAAGAUUGUGCAGAUGACAGAAGCUGAAGUUCGGGGUUUGUGUAUAAAAUCGCGAGAAAUUUUUCUUAGCCAGCCCAUUCUUUUGGAGCUAGAGGCACCACUGAAGAUCUGUGGUGAUAUUCAUGGCCAGUAUACAGAUUUACUUCGAUUAUUUGAAUAUGGGGGAUUUCCACCAGAAGCUAACUAUCUUUUUCUGGGAGAUUAUGUGGACAGAGGCAAACAAUCCUUGGAAACUAUCUGCUUGUUACUUGCAUAUAAAAUCAAAUAUCCUGAGAAUUUUUUUCUCCUGAGAGGAAAUCAUGAGUGUGCUAGUAUAAAUCGCAUCUAUGGAUUCUAUGAUGAAUGUAAACGACGAUUUAAUAUCAAACUCUGGAAGACCUUUACGGACUGCUUUAAUUGUCUGCCUAUUGCAGCAAUAGUAGAUGAGAAGAUUUUCUGCUGCCAUGGAGGAUUGUCACCAGAUCUGCAGUCAAUGGAACAGAUCCGAAGAAUUAUGAGACCCACAGAUGUUCCUGACACAGGCUUGCUCUGUGAUCUGUUGUGGUCUGAUCCUGACAAGGAUGUGCAAGGCUGGGGUGAAAAUGACCGUGGAGUUUCCUUUACUUUUGGAGCUGAUGUGGUCAGCAAAUUCUUGAACAGACAUGAUUUGGAUUUGAUUUGUCGAGCUCAUCAGGUGGUUGAAGAUGGCUAUGAAUUCUUCGCUAAACGACAGCUGGUUACUCUAUUUUCUGCUCCUAAUUACUGUGGAGAAUUUGACAAUGCUGGUGGCAUGAUGAGUGUGGAUGAAACUUUAAUGUGUUCUUUUCAGAUUCUGAAACCUUCUGAAAAGAAAGCAAAGUACCAGUAUGGUGGACUGAACUCUGGACGUCCAGUCACUCCACCUCGCACAGCUAAUCCGCCGAAGAAGAGGUGAAGAAAGGAAUACAGUAGAAAAAUCAGAUCUGUAAAGGACAAAACUCCAUAUAUACAGUAUAUAAUAAGUGUGCACUGUAAAACCAUCCAGCCAUUUGACAACCUUUAUGAUGUCACAUCUUUAACUUAAAGAGACGGGUAAAGGAUCUUUAAUAUUUUCUAGUUGACAGAUGUGCAACACUGUAUUGUAAUAAGUAUACACCAAGUUCCAGUAAUCAACAUAAAAUCAGAUCUAAACAAAUUAUUUUGGUUGCAUAGUCAUGUCAGUUUUAAAGUUGACCAACAUCCCAAUUUAAGCUUAAUGUAAUAGUUAAAUCAGAUGAGAGCAUGAUGUUUCAUUUGUGUAACGUGAUCUUACUGUUGCUUGACUGCUUUUAUUUCUAUUUUGUAGCUAGAAUGAUGGCAAGGUAUCUUAGUUACGUUCCCUGGCUAAAAAUGAACUCUGGAUUUGGGGAGCCAGCUGUUGCUGUUCUUCCUCUUUCCAGUAAUCUUCCUGACUUAAGUGUUUGCCCCUCUCAUAGGAGUCUGGUGAUUAAAGACAAACCAAGCUCAAGCUAGUUCAUACAGUAAUUUUCCUUCUCCAAAGAGACUAGAAGUCAGUGUUUUUCAUGAGACAAAGCUUGUUGCUUUUUAUCUUAGAUUGCCACUUCGUGCACUGCACCAUUUUAAACUAACAUUAUACUCACAAUGGCACUUCAUUCAACUAAGGUAGGGCAAAAGUGGUAUUACUUAGUAGUUGGUCAUGUAAUAUCUUGCAUUAGAUUUUAUUAGCAUGAAACAUUUUUCAGCAUGCUUAGCUUCUUGAUAAUGCCAUACUUGCAUUAAAGUUCAUUCUGCAUUUCUCAAUAGACAUGAAGAUCCCUGUCUGACAGGCCUUGAAAUACUAGCCCUCUUCCCUUAUGUUCCCUGCCAGCACUCCAGGAGGGUUUAUUUAAAUGGAUAUUGAUAAAUAAGCAUUAGGGUAACUAUGGCUAAUGGUGGUUGAACUGUCUAAUAUGUCUACAUGAUUGUAAGGCUUAUGUCAUAAACAACUAUAUCUUCUGGAUUUUCAUGAUCAAAAUUCAUGUUCACGUAGAGAUUUUUGCUUUGUAGUGUAUGUAUAGUAGCAAUAAUUUCUGUACUUGAUCACGAGUCGAUGCAGUAUUUCUUUUCCCGCUUUCCUUUUUUAAGGAUUCAUAUAAGUGUAAAGACGUGUAAAGUUUGUAAGAGAAUAAAAAUUGAAAGGCAAAGAUUUCAUUGAAUAGGAUUACAAAUUUUUAUUGAACACUGAGAAAUUUGUAAGCUUUAAGAGGGAAGGUUCCAGUUUAUACUAUUCUGUGUGCAACAAUAAAUGUAAAAGUUUAAUCUUGCCUUUGCAAAUGUUACACUGAGGAUUCAAAACUUGCAUUUUAUAAAUAGCACAUAUUAUGCAAGUGAUUUCUAAGUGAACAGUUCUUUAAAUUUAAGCCUCUUUUCUAAUUCCAUUUUGUUUCAAACACAUAUUAAAUGUAGCUUUUUUCAUUUAGUAAAGUUGUUUAAUUGAUUUGAAGUCUGACUGGUUAUUCCAAUUUUUUUUUUUAAAUUCAUUAGCCCUUAAAAGCAUACACUAGUUGCCAUGUGGGUGAAAGGUUGAUACUGAUGUUAAUAUAAACAUUCAGUAAGAGUAUUUGAAAACACAGUAGUGUUAUUUUCCUCUUUUAAAAUCAUAGGACUCAGAUUUUAGUUAUAAGAAUGGUGCAGUGCCAAGUAGCUGAACAAAUGUCACCUCCAGAAUAAUGACUAAUUUAUAGUUAUGGUUUUCCAGUGCAGUGAUAAAAAGUUCUCAUCUGACUGCGAAAAGGUGAAUUCAAUUCCUAAUGUGGCUAUCAACAUGAUUUUUUAUAAGUAAAUUAUGCUGAUAGCCACAUUAGGAAUUGAGAAGAUGGAAGCAAAUAUUUGCAUAGCCAGCCUUUUUAUGUAAAACAAAUGAUCCUUUUUUUUUACAGCUGCUCCCUUAUUUCAGAAUAACAUGUGGAGGUCCAAAAUACGUUUUAUGUGAAUAAUGUGUACAGCUGAGUUUAACAUUCUUUUGGAAGAACUGCUAUUACAUCACUUCCCAUUUAAGCAUGCAAAAAUCUUAUUGAAAGGCAGUAACUUUUUACUUAUGGGUAUGCUGUAAUUGAUAUCCCUCUUGUCAUUUCUUAAUAUCUGAUCACAGUGCAAUUCUAAUAUCUCUGAAACAAAUGAAUAAUAUAAUGGCUAAAGUCAACACUUACCAUCUUUCUCUUGUAAACAACAUUUCUGGAAGAAUAAUGUAUUGCGAGUAUUAAGGACUGAUCAUGAUCAGUCCUUAGAACUGGUCCAUGAAUACAAAAUCUCCAUUGAUAUAUGAGCUCUGGCAUGCCAUAGGUUCAAUUUAAAGGUCAAUGAUGUGUCAUCUGCAGUUUCUUUUAAAUAUUUUGGCCAUGGGUGUAUAUCCUUUCUGUAUAACCAGAAUGGAAGGUGUAAUGUAUUAAGCAUGAUUUAAAAUAUUACUUUAUAGUCUGUCUUCCCACCUCUCUUUUUAUUCAAUACUUGUGUAAAAAGAACACAGUCCCUUUUUCUGCAUUCUUUCUGUAAAGCUGGUGUCACUUUUUAGUAGUAUUUUUCCAUACUUUUACUUCUAAGUAACUUCUACUUACUGUGUGGAGCUUUCAUUCCUGCCAUUGUUCCAUCAAACUGUCAUGUAAGCAAUUUGCUUAAAGACAAUCUUGUGCAAUGUGGAUGGACUGCUAGAUUCCUAUAUAAAAAUAGUUCACAGGAUAGUUUUUGAACAAACUGUAUAAAUGACUUUUUUCCAUAUGUGUGAAUGGACAUUGUUUAAAACCCAUCUUGUGGAUGCAGAAUAUCAUAUCCAAGCUGGUUGUGUCCUGCCAACUUGGAAGAAUACUGAGUUUUAGGAAUAAAUACAACUAAACCUCUUGA